GCAGCUCAACUAAAAAGUGAGCGAGACACAGUGAGAGACUCGGCAGGGCUGCUGCACAUUCAAAAUAGAGUCAGAGGGAGGGAACAGAGAGAGAGAGAGGGAGAGAGAAGGAGAGUCAGGGACAGGCAGUGCUGUAAAGGAGAGCACAAAGAGAAGGAAAGUGGAGCAGGGGAGGGGAACAGGAGGCUUGGUGGUGAAGGGAGAGGGAAAGACAAAAGAAGGAGAGGGGAGACAUCGCAGGGUGAACGGAGGGGACUGAGCAAAUGGCUACGGAGGACACGGCGGGGGGAGCCAGGAAAGCCACCAAGAGCAAACUGUUUGAGUUCCUGGUCCAUGGAGUGCGUCCUGGCAUGCCGUCUGGAGCGAGGAUGCCCCACCAGGGAGCUCCCAUGGGCCCCCCCGGCCCCCCGUACGGAGGCAGCCCGGCGGUGCGGCCCGGCCUGCACCCCGUGAUGGAGCCCAGCCGUAAGAGGCCUGCUCCCUCCCAGCAGGUCCAGCAGCAGGCCGUCCAGGGCCGUGCCAGAAAGAAGCCUGUCGGAUUCCCCGGAGCCAAUGAGAUGCCGGCGAGGCAGAUGGACAUGAGAGAGCCCCAAUCAGAUCCCACGCUCGGAUCAAAUGCUAAGAGAAGGAAAAUGGCAGACAAGAUUCUUCCGCAAAGGAUCCGUGAGCUGGUGCCAGAAUCUCAGGCUUACAUGGAUCUGCUGGCGUUUGAGCGCAAACUGGACCAGACCAUAAUGCGCAAACGAGUGGACAUCCAGGAAGCACUGAAGAGACCAAUGAAGCAGAAGCGUAAACUGAGGCUUUACAUAUCCAACACCUUCAACCCUGCAAGACCAGACGCUGAUGACUCAGACGGCAGCAUUGCAUCAUGGGAACUGAGAGUAGAGGGGAAGUUGCUGGAUGACCCGGGGAAGCAGAAAAAGAAGUUCUCCUCAUUUUUUAAGAGCCUGGUGAUCGAGCUGGACAAAGACCUGUACGGUCCUGACAAUCACCUGGUUGAGUGGCACCGCACGGGCACCACGCAGGAGACGGACGGCUUCCAGGUGAAGAGGCCGGGGGACGUGAGCGUGCGCUGCACCCUGCUGCUGAUGCUGGACUACCAGCCCCCCCAGUUUAAGCUGGACCCUCGCCUGGCGCGCCUGCUGGGCAUCCACACUCAGACCCGCUCCUGCAUCAUCCAGGCGCUCUGGCAAUACGUCAAGACCAACAAGCUGCAGGACUCUCAUGACAAGGAGUACAUCAACUGUGACAAGUACUUCCAACAGAUCUUCGACUGCCCUCGGCUGAAGUUCUCUGAGAUCCCUCAACGCCUCACCAACCUCCUCUUGCCCCCCGACCCCAUCGUCAUCAACCAUGUGAUCAGCGUGGAUCCUAACGACCAGAAGAAGACGGCCUGCUACGACAUUGACGUGGAGGUGGAAGACCCCCUGAAGGGGCAGAUGAGCAGCUUCCUGCUCUCCACCGCCAACCAGCAGGAGAUCGCCACCCUGGACAACAAGAUCCAUGAGACCAUCGAGUCCAUCAACCAGCUGAAGAUCCAGAGGGACUUCAUGCUCAGUUUCUCCAGAGACCCCAAGGGCUACAUCCAGGACUGGCUCAAAUCCCAGAGCCGGGACCUUAAGUUAAUGACAGACGUGGUGGGGAACCCUGAGGAGGAGAGGAGGGCGGAGUUUUACCACGAGCCCUGGUCCCAGGAGGCUGUCAGCCGCUAUUUCUACUGCAAGAUCCAGCAGAGGAGACAGGAGCUGGAAACGGCCUUAGCUGUCCGCAACACCUAAACCAAUGCCCUCCUGAAUCUCCCCCACUGAUUUCCUGUGUGUUUGGAGGCCAUCGCUGUAGUUUGGUGAAACUUCAUAAACGGUCAUAAAAGAAAAUGCAAUUUCUGAGGUUUCCCAAAGUUUAAAAAUGAAGUGAAAUGAGAGUUUUUCUCACGGCGGACGCGAUGGAAGCCCUGAUGCACAUAUUUGUCCCGUUUUGUGCAGCACUGUGAAGGCAUCAUCAUUUACCGCAUGUGUUCAGCUGCGCCCGCGAAGGUCAAGCCCCUCAGACCACAAGCAUCCAAAACAAAAGCCCCCUACUCUCCGCUUCUUUAAAUACGUCACACACACGUCAAGAAAAACUCUGACCGGCUGCAAACACACCGCCAUGUUUUUGGAUCUCAAAACAAACACGAUGUGACUCUUCGCUCUUGAUGAGUCCUCAUAUUUUAUGUUCCCCAAUGUUUCCUGUAACUGAUUUAUUGUUUGAUUCUAAGUGUGUGUUUUUGUUUCUGAAAGAUUGAUUUAUGACACCAGCAAAGUGGAGAAUACAAGUGUGACACAUGGGGAAUCAAUUCUAUCUAGAAACCUGAGAUUGAAUUCACUUUCAGGUUGGAGUGAAUCAAAUGGAAAUGUGUCUCAUUUAAAGGUAGGGUAGGUAGGAAUGGAGAAACCAGCUCGAGUGCGCUAGAAUUUGAAAGUACGCAGCCGGAAACAAUCUGCACCUUCCUUCAGACUUCCUUACAGAGCCCCUCCUCCAACACACACGAACGCGCACAUGACCAAUGAGGGCACGAGAUAAGUUUGUGCGCAGAUGGAAGGCUGACAGGCAGGUAGGCCAUCCAGUUAUUUUAGCCGGGCGUGCUUUUUACAGUAUUACGGCUUCCACAGAUGAAUUUUUUUUAUGUAUUUAUUGUCAAAGCAUUUAAUGUAUUCAUUGCUAUCGGGAUGUUAAGAGCAUUCCAUGGAAUAUAACAAAAAGUGUUUCUGAAGUGAAUUACCUACCCCACCUUUAAGUUUUAUUUGCCAGUCAUUCUUACAACAGUAUUAGAUAAGAGCUGAAGUAUUACCACAGCGAGAAUAGUGUUUUAAUGAAGGAGUAUUGAUCAUAAUAAUAAGAGUUUUUUCUUCCCUAAUCAUAGCUAACGACAAAUAUGCCUAUACAUGUUGGGACUUGAUUUGUUUUGUCAGAGUCGCUCACUGCCUCUUCCUUGUGUAUUUUGCCAGUAAAUGUAAAGGUAUUACCAAAGGUUGCAACGAGAAGAAGAGAACAUGAUCACUGAAACAGAAGUGGGCAACGAUCCUCACCUGGGUGUAACAGAAAUUGCAAAACAUUUCCAUGUAAGGUGGUCAUAAAAAUCUGAACAAUCUGGGUAGUUCCAGAGAGGAUUUAUUCCCAAAUGUUUAGAUUUUCUAGCCAAUUAGGCCUCAGGUCUUUGUAAACAAACCCUGAAACUGUUAUUGUAAUGAACACUUAAACCCAGGUCUGGAGGAUUUUGUCCAUUUCUACACUUUUUUUAUGUUACAUGAAGAAGAAAAACACUUUUUUAGAGAUGUGAAUGUAAAUAUGUGUUUCCCCCUUAAGAGGUCCAACUGUACAGUAUACCGCAGACUAUUUGUGUGUUUGUUUUUGGAUUUGGGGAGGAUGGGGGGGGGGGGGAGCUGAGUGGUGCAUUAUGGGAGAUCCAUGCGAUUUGAAUUAGUAGGGCAGGAAUGUUAGUGUUCCUCUGUGUACUAUCUUGGGUUGGGGGGGAUUUAUUUUUGGGUAUAUCGUGGGAGCUGCAACAAAGAAAGACCUCCCUCAAUCUCAGUAGCUGUAACACGAUGUAAUCUGCACCGAUCUCCUUUUACACUUUUUUUAACGACACUUGACUUGUAUGUAUAUGUUGUAAUGUCAGAUGGAGGAUUUUGUUCCUCUCUCUCAGCAGUCAGUUUCUAGCUGGAACCUUUUCUGGGUUCCUUUGCACUGUGCUGUGUCUCUUUUACCGGGACUUUUCUCGUCAUGGGUGAGACCCUCUUUAUAAUCCCAGCGUACACAAAAAGUGAUCGAACGACGACCUAUGCAUGCUACAUGGACUUUAAUUAACACAUCUGAUGAGAUAUGUACAUAUAAAAAAAAAAAAAAAAAAGCUGGCAGUCUGUGUGAAAAAACACUUCAGUUGAAAUGCCUUCUGGAAACUUUUUUGCCAAAAAUGAUAUGCCCUACCAGCAACUAACUGUAGGUGUGAUUUUCUGAGCUAUGUUUUUGUUACUAGGACUAAGUUAUAUUAACUGCACUCAUUAGAAGAGAAACAGUAGUCAUUUGUAGUAUGCUAGUCCUGACCAGGGGUGAUUUGUCUUUGUAUGGCCAGGGCAUUCACAUGGUUGUCAUACAGUCACUGAUUCACUUGCACCCUCUUGUGGAGGAAACUAGAAGCUCCGGGGUGACCUCUGCUUCGAGCGGCUCAGUGUCAGAGUAUCCUGACACUGUUACUGUUACUAAACCCUGACAUACUGUUGACAUGUCCCACUCCCUGCAUGUGUUUGUGAGAGUGGGAACCGCUCUCUCUCUGUUUACACUGUUGUCAGAGCGUCACCAACAGGGAGGGAGUAGUAUACAUUACACUGUAUAUCUGUGAACUGGUGAUUCUACACAACAAAAAAGAAGAAGAAAAAAGGGAAAAAGCAGCUGUGACAUUGCAAGACAGCCUGGAUGUAAAUAAAGAAGCGCUUGCCAAAGUUUGUAAAUGCCA